AUGGAUUCAGAAGGUCCUUCAACAUCAAUUAAUAGUUCAGAUCAAACUGAGAUCUACAUUGACAAUUGUGUGGGAGCUUUGGCUGAGGUAAUCUACUAGAAUAUUGGUUUUCAAAGGGCUUUUGUUUAUAAAUGAGCAAUGUAAACAAUAUGUAAUUGAUAUAUUUGUAAAAUUUAAGUUUUGUUUUAGGUAUAUAAUGGAUAUUAAUUAAGUAUUAAAAAUAUUUUUGAAAAUAAAAAACGGCAAAGCUUAGCAUGGUGAACAUAAAGUAAUAUCUUGUUGUAGGUGCCUUCAACUUUUGAUUAUGGAACUCUUAAAGUUCGAUUAUGCUCCAUAAGUGUCUCAGGUAACUUUAUAUCAAUUGGAUCUGAAUGUGGAGCUUUGUUUUUGUAUAAUCGGAGACUAAAGAGAGCUUUGAAGCCGUAAGUUUAUAUUUUUAUAGAUUUUUGAUGUUUAGGUUAUGGAACUGGACUUUUUGAUGUUUCCAAAUAUGCUUUAUGACAUUUUGAACGUUUUAAAAGUACUAUCGAUAAUAUGGACUUUCAAAUUUAUGUUUUAUGACUAAAAGCAACGAUAACCUACCUAAAUUUCAAGCUUAAUGUUACUAUCUCUAUUUUACAGCUUGAGAACAACAUAUAACGAAGUAGUGACUGUUCAAAAGUGGUAUCAUCUUUAUGAGGACGAAUUCUUGGCAGUGGGACAUCGAUCAGGCAGUUUGAUCGUGCUGUCUUUACCUUCUUCUACCAAAAGUGUGAGUAAUAUAAGCUUUGACCUAUUUUUUGAAUGUAUAUUUUAAAUUUAGGUAAUAAACAUUUUUAAUAAGCGUUUUUACAGUUAAAACAAACUAUUCAAAAUGAUCUUCAUAAACAUUGCGCUGUUACUGCAUUGGAAUGGAGUAAAAAUGGCAAAUACUUGUUUUCAUCUGAUGCUUCUGGUCUUGUUAUGGCUUUAACUGUUGAUUUUAGUAAUGUAAGUUGGUUUUUGUUGUUUUGACGUUUAGAUACAGAGGAAGCUAUUUGAAGUUAGCAAUUAGAUGGUAUUAGCGUUUAAGGGUUUUGAGAGCAAAAACUCAUAUUAUCAUUGGUUAAAACUGGGUGUUUAUGUUGGUUUUUUUGGUCAUAAAUGUUGGAAAGCUUUAUGUAGAGAACAGUAAGGAUUGUGUAAAGGAAGCAGAGACUCUUGGGCACGUUUUAAGUGUAAACUUUGUUGCUCAAAAACAAUUUCAGGACCAAUUCACACCAAUAUUCAUUCAAAACAAUGGGAAUCCGUUGAGAAUGCUCGCCUUUGAGCCAGAUUACCUAAUAUCAGUAGAAAGCAAACAAUUUGGUAUACUACACUUUGAACAUGAUCAAAUUACACAUGUUCAUGAGCAAGAUGUGGGUCAGAAGGUGACGGGUAUUCAACUUUUCGAAAGUAUAUUAUCCAUGGUAUUGGCUGAUGGAAAAUUGAUUCGAUUUUCGACGAGUGAUCUGAAAAUGGAAAUAACUGUUGAUCUGGCUGACAUUACAGUAGAAUCUGAGUUGAUGCCUCAGGUUUUUGUUAGUGGAGAGAUACGGGAGGCUGCGUAGGUUUGCUUUUGGUUUAAAAAUGGGGUUUUCGGCUUAAAAUUUUAUGUUUUAGGCUUAAAUUGGGGGCGUUUUGACCUAAAUUUAGGUGAUAUGGGUUUGAAAGACCAUUGUUUAUAUUAAGAAUUAUACGUUUCAAGUUAAUUUGAAGACUUUAAGCCUAAAUUGACUUGUUUCAUACCAAAAUUAUAUUAUUUUAGGUAACAAAACCGCUUUUUUUCUUAUAAAAACUUGUUUUAGGCCGUGUACGUGGACGAAAAUGGACUGGAAAUUUGCUGUAUCACAAUUCUAUGCCAACUGCUAUCUUCUACAGUACUCUCAACAUAAAGUACAGGUAUUGGAUGUACAAAGGAUUGACACUCCAUUACAACUAUAUGUCAUAGACUUGAGGUCACAACUACCUAGCUUAAGGGACGUUGAGGUGGGUGAAAAUAUGUUUUUUGUUUCUUCUGAGGUUGUAGCCUUUGAUUUUUUAAAUUUUUAAAAAUUUUGAAAAAAAAAUUUUUUUUUUGCAAGUUUUAGAUAAUAUCCGUGGAUUUCGACCCAAAAUCAGAAGAAACCCUGGUUCUAACGUCUUCAAAACACAUCCUAAGGGUUGGAUUCGAGCCGGGUGACGCCCAUUUACUAGGCAAAACCUCGAAUUCAUCGAUGUUUUCAUCGAUAAGUUCGGUCGCUCAAUCCUCGUCGAGAAAAUGGUUUCAAAAGUUUACAAAACCCGAAGGAUUUCAAGAAAUUCAAGCUGGUCAUCUACCCAGUAUUCAAAGUCAUCUACCGCAGUCUCUCAGUGGAACUCUACAGAACUUUAUUAAUGUAGGUAAUGGCGGGGUGGGGGCAGUUGUUAAGGUAGGAGUAGUGGUAAGAGUAGGAGUAGAGGUAGGGCGAUUAGGGAGCAAGGGCAAAAGUAGGAUUCAGGGUAAUAUAAUAUUAAAGGUUAAGGUAGAAGGAAGGGUAGGGUAAAAACUGGGGAAUGAAAGGUGUGAUACUGUUUUUAAAAGCAAAAUUUGUGUAAUAUCAUUAAAAACAAUAUUUUUGAUCUAAAAUGACAAAUAAGCAUGCUCGUAUUUUACAAAAAACCUGAGAUAAACAGAAUGCCAAAGUUUUUAUUUUUGGCGGGAUUUUUAAAAUUUGAAUAUUUACUUGUACUUUUACCGAAAAUCGAUAAACUUUGCUAAUAUUUAGAGUUAAAAAAUACGUAAAAACGACAACAAACAGUGUUAUGAACGAAGGCUGAAGCAGAAUGCCAAACUUUUUUAUUUUUGGCGGGAUUUUGAAAAUUUGAAUUUCAAAAGAAAAAUAAUGAAAAUUUGAACUUUUUUUGAUAAGAAAAUAGAACUAAUGGUUCAAAAAUUUGAAAAAAAUUGUUUUUAGCAAAAUACAGAUGAUUUGAACUUUUGGCGGAAUUUUUGGAAGUUGAAUUUUUAAAUUGAGUUUUUGGUCGAAAAACCAAAAGUAGUGACAAAAUUUUUGAAAAAAUGAGAAAAUUGACUUAAUUUGUGGCAAAACAUACUACUUUAAAUUUUUUUGGAAGAAAAUAUUUUUUAGGUAACAAAGAGUCAUGGAUAAUAUAAAAUCAAAAUUAUUUGAAAAAAAUGUGAAAUGAGUAACAUAAAACAACAUUGUUUUAGAUAGACGAGCAAAAACAACGAUUCACAAACGUUUUGGAGAGUAUCGAACGAAUUGUCAGUCCGGACAAAGCGCCAGUUCAAACCGAAUUUGUAAGACCAUUUGAGGACGUAGGUCGAAUUUCGGAUUCAGAAGAAGUCACGGAAGAAAGCGAAUUUGAAUCAGAUCGAAAGGAUGAGAUUACGAGUAGAAAUGAUGGCAAAAGAAGCAUGGUGUUGGGUAAACAGAGUGAUAUUGAGGAUGGUACCCAAAGUAUUGCUGAUAGUCAGAGUGGUAGAGGUCUUGGAAGUGAUGGUAGGGAGGAUAAAGGUAGUGACAAAGAUGGUACAGCUAAUGGAGUAAUAAAUGGAGAUAUAGAAACAAAAAUGGAAGGAAAAGAAGUCAAAGAAGAGUGGAAAGAAGUCGAAGUUUUGAGCGAAAGUAGGUGUCUAAAGCUUUUUUGGGAUUUUUGAAGUAUACGUUUUAUCGUAUAACUUGUCUAUAUUUUUAAAAUGUUAAAAAUGAAUAAGAAAUUAUUUUUCUUAUUUGUUUUUUAUUAUUUUUUUAAAGUAUUAAUGCAAAAUGGCAUUUUUGAACUUUUUUUUAUUAACUUAUGUACGGCCGAAUUGCUAACUUAUGUACGGGCGAAUUUACAACUUAUGUACGGCCGGAUUGUCAACUUAUGUACGGCCGAAUUAUAAAAUUCGUGAUUUUUGUGCCAUUUCUUUUAGACUGUCUUUGAAAACAAUGUUUAUAUUAUUUUUUGGUACUAUUGGUACUAUAUUAAAUGAUUUUUUUAAAAAUUAAACAAUUUUUAAUAUUUUUAUUUUUUAAAAAUGUUGUUAUAGAAUCCGAGCAAGAACAAGGUGGAUUAGUGCCAGAAUUCAAACCAAUAGCCGUGGAGGAACCAAAAGUUGGAGUAGUAAGAAAGAUGAAGACAAAACCAAGGCCGAAACAUGAAAAACAAAUGGAAAAUGAGCGAAAAUUUGAAGAUUUUGACGAAAAAUUGACUGAAAAUGAGGUUUUCAACGAGAAUUUAGGCAAUAUCUUAGGAGGUACGUGGGGAUUUUUUGAGGAAAUGGUUGUAACAUAUUAAGAUGAUACUACUUUGUCAUAUUUUUAAUUUUUACUACGUUGUUUAAUUAAGUUAUGGCAAUUUUUUUUUAAAUUUUUGUCAAGAUUUUGGGGGUUAGGAAAGUUUUGUCUUUUUUUAUGGUUAAAGUUAAUGUAAAUUGACGACAAGACUUUUUUUUAUUUGUAGACUUACAUUUGGUAAGUUAUGGCAUUUUACAAAAAGUUUUAUGAAAAAAAAGUUUUGUCGUUUUUUACCUUUAAAUCAAUAUAAAUUGACGACAAGACUUUUUCGACCGCUUUAAAAGCGUUAUUUUUUGGUUUUAUAGUCUAAAAUGACACUCUUUUCAAUUUUAAAAACAUUCCGAACUAAAAUCAAUAAAUUUUUAGCCAUUUCAAAGUCAAAAGUCCUGUCAGAAGACGUAAAAGUGGUACCAUUACCUCAUUGGGUACCAACCGAUCAUGGUUAUGGAGACGAGAUUAUUGUAGAAGAGCCGGAAGUUACAGUAUCAUCAAUUUUGUCAGCUUAUGAAUCUGAUAAUGGAAUUAAAAUGAGCGAUUUUGGAGCAAAAAUGGCUGAAUGUGGGGCUAAAGCUGGUGUGUGCGAUGAAGAAAAUCAGGAUUCUGAAGCGGAGAACGAUGGGAAAGAAGGCUCUGAAGUAGAAAAGGAUGAAGAAGAGAAUUUUGAAGCUUCUACAUCAAGAUCAGGGGAUUCAGAAGACGAAGAAGGAAGAUAUAAUAAAAAGAAUGGCAGAAAAGAGACCAAAAACCAUGAAAAAUGGCUCAAAAACGACCGAGAACCUUCAGAAUCGACCGAAAAUUUGAAUCUUGAAGCGAAUUCAGUAGUCGAAUCUACAGAGUCUUCUAUUCCAGUUGUCGAUUUAGUGGCACGAUCGGAUUCAGUAGCCGAAUCCGACGUUACACUCAUAUCAAAUGUAUCAUCCUCAAUAUCAGUGGAAAUUCAACAGAAUCCCGAGUACUCUACAGUAUCACGGCUAGCGAAUCAACGUACUGACGUUUGGAAUCGUAUUAACUUACCCUACUCGGUGGGACAUUUCGAUGUAACAACGAAUUACAUUGUCAUAUGUGGCACGAAAAGCAGACAAAAACCCCAUUAUCGACUGGUCGAAACGAUGGAAAAUGCUAUGUUGGGUGGGGAUUGGACUCCGGUUGGCUAUAAGGCUGAUAUGGUGGCUGUUAAUGGUAGUUUAUUUAGAUUUUUUUGGAGGGGGGGAGGUUUGUAGGAAGCAGGUCGGAGGACAUGUUUGAUCGUAUAACUUGUCAAUUGAAACGAAAACUUGUAAAUUUACAACUUUUAAAUAGUAAAUUGUAUUUAAUGUCGGUUUAUACACUUUAUGAACUUUUUGACAUUAUAUAGGGCGCAGGUCGAGGGACAUGUUUUAUCGUAUAACGUGUCACAGAUUUUAAAAAUUAAUUUUUUUUGGUAAAUAUGGGAAUUUGAAUAUUAUUAAGCGUCAGAUAUCACGAUUUUUUGGAUUUUUUUGCUUUUUUUGGGCGUUUUUAUGUUUUUCGUAUAACAUGUCUCCAGCAAGCUGCGGAACUAAAAAUUGCUGAUUUUAAGGCAAAAUUGAUAAUUUAAUAACAUAAAAGGGGGAAAACAAUAGUAAAAUAGUAUUUUUAAAUUUUUUGCUUCAUGAUUUUUAAGAUAGCAUUAAAUUUUAGACUUUGGUACUCUUUUAUGGCGCAUUGAAAAAGGCGUGGCAUUAGCGCCAAUAAAGGUCGACUCCCUUUGCCCUCUGGCCAAACAUUGGUUGGAACAAGCGAACGAAGGCAAGAUUUACGACAUAGCACUAACCGAAAAAUCAGCAUGGUACUUGACCAGCAAAGGACCGUACGUUCAAAUGAACUUACCAGACAUGGGCAUACUGUAUCAUGCUGAAUGCCCUUUCGAGUUGGACCAAAUCACAGCGACCGAACAUGCUGUAUGGGGCUUGCGGAAGGGUACCGGAAGCUUGGUUGUACGCGUCGGGCUGAAACAUUGUCCUAUGGGCAUGGAUUGGGUGGAGGAUAGGUAAGUUAAUAUUGAAUUAUAUAUUGGGUUGUUCAAAUAAUUAUGAGCCUUGUUAUUUGAAUUUGUCUUACUUUGAGCGGGGUUCGACCAGUCGAUUGUUGCGUUUUUGAAAUUUUUGUGUUAGGUUGUUCAAAUAAUAAUGAGCCACUAAUUCUAAAUUGUGCUUUGAAAGGGGGCACAGAAUUAUUUGAACAACCAAAUAUUUUAAAUAUAAAAGCCUUUAUGUUUUAGUAGCUACACAUUCUCAGGCCCAUCCACCUUUGUCAGUAUCUAUUUAUACGAGAAAACCGCUUUCGGACUGGACUCGAAUGGAGAACUAUGGAUUUGCAAUGGUGUAGAUGAACACAAACCUUUUGGAGUGGGCAAGUGGUAUCAGGUAAGGUGGGGACGGGUAUAUUACCUUGUGUUAUUCACCUAAAAACGCAGUUUUCGAUCGAUGUUUUGGACAUUUUUGUUUAUACCUUGACGUAUUGCUAUUCCUUUGUGAUGGUUUUGUCAUUGAAUGAUAAAGUAAAGUCUUGUGAACGUUGCUACAAAGUUUCAGCCUUCUACCCCAUCUAAUUUCAGGUCUGCUCCCCAACGAACCUUAUGCUACCCAACCAAAAAAAGUCCUUCCUCCCCAUCUCACAAUGGCGCCUAAAGGUAGCGGCUUCAGGAGUCUUUAUAAGUGUUGGGAAAUACAUUCUCAGCUCACGACAACCAUUAACAGCGCACAUCUUCAACCGAGCCAUACCUACAAGACUUCAAAUCCACGAUGCCUUCCUCCUGAUAACGGCUUCGGGGUUCAGUGGCGAAAGCAAUGACUACAUAUACGUAGGCCAGCCGAAUUCCGACAUUUUUGCGUUCUCGGCUAGCCACAGAAACCUCACGUCCAUGCCAGGACUAGACCAAAGAGUGUAUGCUGGUUUGGGCCAGAGCGCCGCCUGCGGAACGGUUAUAGCGCUAACUGCGGCCAAAGAUCGGCUUUAUGCGUUGGAUUCGUGUGGAACGGUGAGUGUUAGAGAUGGAAUCAAUUCACAAUUAACUCCAAGAGGAACGGAAUGGGUCAAAUUGAAUGUUGUUGGAUUGGGUAAGGGCUUGGAGAGCAAGUUUUUGCUGUUUUUUCAUUUUUAAAGAAAGUUCUUGUCAUUUUUUGUUUUGUUAAGAAAGUUCUUGUCAUUUUUGGUUUUUUAAAGAAAGUUUUUGCUAAUUAUUCUACUAAAAAAGCUCUUUUUGUGUUCUGCAGCCUGCGGAUGACAAGUUAUACGAUGAAAAAUAUUUUUUGGUUUUGUAAAGAAACUCUUUGCCGUUUUUUAAAAAUUUUUAGGUUAUCUUAAGUUUUUGUUACCUAAAAUCAAAAAAAAAUAUAAUUUCAGGUCACCCAAUAAUGUCCUUCGCGGCCUCAUCCACCUCCUUGUGGGCCAUAACAUCGGAUGGUACCAUUUGGACCUCACCCCAAUCCUCAAAAGCCUCAUUUACCAAUUGGUCGAGAGUAACAGGACCAAAAAACGAAAACAUUGACCAUGUCUUCUGCUCACCAUCAGGCAAAUACGUUUGGAUAUUAUCCACCCUGCAAGGCGUGGCAUGGGCGCGGCUCGAAAAUGGUCAGAGGUCGGAGGAAAUGGCAACUUCUGAUAGUAAUCGGUCGAUUAUCAGUGGAUUCGACAGGAAUGGUGGUGAAUAUGGCAGGAGAAAGAGUGGGGAUAAUAGAGGGCGUGGUGAAGAUAAGAAUUGGCAUGGUGAAUACCAGGUUAGCCAUGGUGAAUAUAGCCAGUAUCAAGGUGAACACACGAGAGACGACUCAACAUGGACUAAAGCCUGUCCAGAUAUUAAGAUUGAAUCAUUGGCUAUAGCUGAUAAUGCCGUAUAUGCGAUUGAAAAUGGUACAAAUAAGCUGUUCCGCCUCAGGGCAUUAUCAGCCACCAAUCCAGCUGGACUGUAUUGGAAGUCGAUCCCAGCCACGCUAAGAGCAAUAUCAGUGGAUGGGUUUGAACAGAGGCUUUGGGGACUGGAUAUGAACAACUGCUUGGUCAAGCAUGAGGUAAGGAGGAAAAGGGGGGGGUGUGGUUUGGUGGGAUAGGGUGAGGGGAGGGGAUUAGGGUUUGUUGGGGUAAGGGCGGGGGUGGGGGAAAGGGUGAUCAGGGUUUUUAAAUAGAGGGGUGAGGGAUAGACAUGAGAAACGGGCCGGGCCUGAAAAAAUCAGCCGGGCCCGGCCCGUUUCCACGUAAAAAAAAUUUUAGGCCCGGGCCUACCACCGGUCCGGGCCGGCCCUGAGCAAAAUUUCGAUCGGGCCGGGCCUGAAUGUUAGCCGUUUCUCAUGUCUAGUGAGGGAGGUUUGAGGACGAUGGGAGGGGUUAUCAGAAGUUUUAAAGAGAAGGGUGGGGUACGGAGAUAGGGUGAUUAGGUUUGGGUGGGAAGGUCAAUUUUGUGGUGAGGUGGUUAGACUUGGCUUGGGAGAGGGAAAAAUGGCAAGAACUUUCUUUAGAAAAAAAAGGUGAGUACUUUCUUUACGAAACAAAAACGGCAGGAACUUUCUUUACAAAACAAAAAUGUUAUUAUAUAACACUUUAUCAAAACUCAAAUCACAGCACGGCUUAUUAUUUUAUUAUCCAAAUUUGAUUCCAACGCCAAGAACGCGUAUUUUACAUUGAAAUUAUGGCUGUUUUGAUUUCUUUAAUUAAAGUUUUGAUUUUUAAUAAAUUUUUAGACAUUAUUAAUUCAUACACAUUUAAAUCACCUCAAUUUACAUUCAUUUACAUUCCUUUCCCUAUCAAGGAUCAAAAAAAGCCGCCUCCAAAAGAAUAGAGAGAAAACGAAGAACCUUCGCGAGUGUGCAGGGAUGGCCGAGUGGUCUAAGGCGCUAGACUCAAGCGAAACGCUUCGUCGUGAGAAUCGACGGUUCGGAGCCUUCUAGUAUCGUUAUCGAUGCGUGGGUUCGAAUCCCACUUCCUGCAGAAGUUUUUGCACUUUUUUGAAUUUAUAGGGUUGUAAGGAGGUAUAGGCUUGGGUUAGGCUUAAUUUUUAUUUGUUUUUAGGGGUGGUUUUGUGAUUUUUUGGGAGUUUAGCUCGAUUUUUGAGUGUUUUUAUCUACUCUUUGUUGCUUUUCUACGUUUAUAUAAGUGGCUAUUGCACGUUUUUGAAUCUAUAAAGUUGCGAAAAGGUAUAGGCUUGCGUUAGGCUUUAUUUCUAUUGGUUUUUAGGGGUAUUUUUAAUAAUUAUUUGAGGUUUUAGGCUUACUUUUACCGUUUUUUCGAGAAAAAUGAUGAUUUUGGGCCAUUUUGGGUUAUUUUUUGCUAUUUUUAAUUAAAAAUACGCCAUUCUAGAUUCAAAUCUUUCCCCGCUCAUGUCUACCACAACAUAAACAUCAGGAAGGUCAAGAAGAUCUGUCUCAAAACAGUUCACAGUCCGGACUGUUCAAGGUUUUCGAUGACGAACCUCAAUCGUCGAUGGGAUCGGACUGGUUCGACGCGGAACGUGACCAACAUGAACCUUAA